UAUAAAGUAACUGAUUGAUAGAAUAGUAAUAUUCAGAGUAUUUUGAUAUACGCUGGAUUUUUUAUUGGUAAAUCCCGAGGUCGAUUUAAUAUCAGUUUGUACUUGAAUACACGAAAACUUCGAAAUGAACAUCUCGGUCGUUUUUAUCCUAAUCUACGUCAUCACUUUAUCUUGGUGUCAAGAUGAAACAGUGUUUCACUGCUCACCUAAACCCGGGUGUCAAAUCGCCCAGUGUGAUUCGGUUGCUGUAGGAUGGGACAGACCAGGUUUCAACAUUGAUAAACAUCUGCGUGACAAAGAAUAUCCAAUUACAUGCAAAUCUAGGAAUACGGCACAAUCUCAGAAUACUGUCAACCUGCUUUCGUUAGUAACCAGAAAUGUUUUAGAUAUCGGAAAUAUCAAAUCAGAUUUGGGAGAACUAGAGAAGAACUUCGAUGAUAAAAUAAAAAACUUGGAUGCUUUUGGAAUGAAGGAAAGCGGUGGAAAUUUUGAAAAACAAUCUGCAGAAAUUAGCAGUCUGCAGAGGAAAGUUGAAAAGCAGUCUGAAGAAAUAAUGGUUUUGAAGGAAGAUUUGGUUAAUGUUCAAAAAACGAAUAACAAUUUGGUAGAAGAGUUGAAUGAACUAAAGGAAACAAACGAUGAGAUGAAGGAAGAUUUAGCUAAAGUUCAGGACGUAAAUAUUAAGUUGAUUGAAGACAACGAAAAAAUGAAAACAGCGAUAGCCUUGAUUGAAAAAAAUCUCGUUGUAAUGGUGAAGCCUCAGGUACAAAAUAGAUCCAAACAGAUAACGAGACCAACACCAAUAAUUCGAACAACGUUAAAUCCGAAAACAACUACUCGAACAUGGAAACAAACACCAAAGACCCAAACAACAUUAAAACCGACGCCUUCUCCAGAAAACUGCAAAAUGAAGAUCAGAAAUAUCUGUUAUUUUGCUGUGGUAAACAAACGAGCAAAUGUCGACUACAACAAAGCAGAUGAGAUUUGUAAAAAACGUAACGCAGAUGUUGGUUCCAUUCGAAGUAAAAAAAUGUAUAAUGUAAUUGUGAAUUAUCUCAGAGGGAAUAUUCCAAAGGGAGAGCCGUCAGUUGGUAUUUGGACUAGAAUGGACUUCAAUCCAAUGACUCGUAGCGUCACACCAGCGUAUCCUUUCGUCAAAUGGUUUCCAAGUUAUCCAUUCACUGGAAUAGAACAUAAACAUCGUUCAAAUGUUUUUCUUGUUGUCAAUUCUGUGCCGAAUGAUCAUUAUCAGGGGAUGGUGAAUGCUUUGCCCAGCUGGGAACGCCACGGAGUUAUUUGUCAAAUUCUAAUCUAAUGAAACGUCGGCUUGGUUGAAUUUUUUUUCUAUGGAUCUAUCAUCAGUAAAAUAUGAAUCAUUGAUUAUUGAUUUGAAAUUAACACAAUAGAUUUUCCUCACAAUGAAAAACCACAGCAAUAAUUAGAAAUUUAGUUGCAAUAAAAUAUAUUUUGUUUAAAUUAAUUUGCGUUUGAUUUUAAAUUACGAAAACUUGCAUUUCACAUUAUUCAAACUUACAAAGGUUUCUCAAUUUUUUCGAUUCUCAACUUCACAAUUCAGCAAACAUUUAUUAUAGUUAAAAUUAUUCUGAUUAAAAAAUAUGUGAUUGAGAUUUUCAUGGAGUUUAUUUGCUAGUUGUUUCGUUUUGCUAAUAUAAUUUUCCAAGUGAUAAAAUGUUUAUUUUUUAAGUUGUUUUGGUUUGCUGAUUUGUCGGUAUGCGUACCAAGAUGACGGACACAUAGUAUGUGUACCAGAGUAGGCUCAGGCCAUAAUUUUAUUCCAAUUUUCUUUAUUUAGUUCCAUUACGAUUUCGGGGACUAGCCAAGUAAAACCCGUACUAUUUGUACCUAAUAUUAUGGCCUAACACUAACCUGGUACACAUACUACGUCCGGUGUCCGCCAUCUUGGUACGCAUACUUCAGGAGAGCCGAUUUGUUUUUCUUACUGUUAAAGAUAUGGAUUUAAGUCUGAAAUACCAAAUUUACCAACUUGACCCAUCAACUUGGAAUAAAUUGAGA